AUGCAGCCAAUUCUUGACCUUGUCUUUGACCUCUUCUACCAGCAGAGAAAGGUGGGUGCUGAGAAAGGGCUUUGUCUGGCUGUCCCUGGGAAAACAGUGAGAUGGUGCACCGUCUCAAAUCAGGAGGCCAGCAAGUGCGCCAGUUUCCGAGACAGUAUGAAAAAAGUCCUUCCUGAGACUGGCCCUCUUGUCGCCUGUGUGAAGAGAACCUCCCACCUUGAGUGCAUCAAGGCCAUCGCGGCAAACGAAGCUGAUGCUGUGACGUUAGAUGCAGGUUUGAUUUUUGAGGCUGGCCUGACUUCCUACAACCUGAAGCCCGUAGUGGCAGAGAACUAUGGGUCAAAAGACACAGUGGCCAAUUUCUUCGCGGGCAGCUGUGUCCCCUGUGCAGAUCAGACGGCCUUCCCCAAACUGUGUCAACUGUGUGCUGGGCAAGGGACAGACAAGUGUGCCUGCUCCAACAACGAACCAUACUUUGGAUCCUCCGGUGCCUUCAAGUGUCUGCAAGAUGGUGUGGGGGACGUGGGCUUCGUGAGGCAUACGACAGUGUUAGAGAACCUGGCACAACAGGCUGACAGGGACCAGUAUGAGCUGCUCUGCACCGACAACACCCGGAAGCCUGUGGACAAAUAUGAGGAGUGCCACCUGUCCAGCGUUCCUUCCAAUGCUGUGGUGGCCCGAACUGUGGGUGGCAAGGAGGACCUGAUCUGGGAGCUUCUCAACCAGGCCCAGGAAAAUUUUGGAAAAGGCAAGCCAGCAGGAUUCCAACUCUUUGGCUCUCCUCAUGGGAAGGACCUGCUGUUUACCGAUGCCGCCCAUGGGUUUUUAAGAGUCCCACCUAAGAUGGACGCCAAGCUAUACCUGGGAUACAAGGAUUUUGCUGCCACUCAGCAUCUAAGAGGAGGUGCGGAAGAUCCCCAGAGGGUGCAGUGGUGUGCAGUGGGCCCCGAUGAGAGGUCCAAGUGUGACAACUGGAGUGCCGUGAGCGGUGGUACCUUAAGGUGUACCUCGGAGGAGACCGUGGAGGACUGCAUUGCUGCCAUUGCGAAAGGAGAAGCUGAUGCCAUGAGCUUAGAUGGAGGAUUUAUCUACACAGCGGGCAAGUGUGGUCUGGUGCCUGUCCUGGCAGAGAACUACCUGUCUGGAGAUGGCAAUGAGCAGCUUGGGUCUAAGUGUGUUAAUACACCCGUGGAAGGUUACUACGUUGUGGCAGUGGUGAAGAAAUCAGAUGCCGAUCUCACCUGGAAUUCUCUGCGAGGCAAGAAGUCCUGCCAUACCUCCGUUGGCACUUCUGCAGGCUGGCACAUCCCCAUGGGUCUAAUAUUCAACCAAACUGGGUCCUGUAAACUUGAUGAAUUCUUCAGUCAGAGCUGUGCCCCUGGUUCUGAUCCAGAGUCCAGCCUGUGUGCUCUGUGCAGCGGCAGCAGCGGCAGCACCCCAGCCCAUGUGUGUGCUGCCCAGAGCCGCGAGCGGUACUACGGCUCCAGUGGGGCGCUCAGGUGUCUGGUUGAGAAGGGAGAUGUGGCCUUCGUGAAGCACCCUACGGUCCUGCAGAACACUGAUGGAAAGAACCCGGAAGACUGGGCUAAGAAUCUGAAGAAGGAUGACUUUCAGCUGCUGUGUCUCGAUGGCACCAGGAAGCCAGUGACUGAGGCUGAGAAUUGCCACCUAGGCAGAGCCCCAAGUCAUGCUGUGGUCUCAAGGGAAGAUAAGGCAGAUUUUGUUCGCAGAAUGCUCUUCAAUCAACAG